AUGGGUAAAGAAAAGGGACACGUUAACGUCGUCGUCAUUGGACACGUCGAUUCUGGAAAGUCUACUACCACCGGUCACUUGAUCUACAAGUGCGGUGGAAUUGACAAGCGUACCAUUGAAAAAUUCGAGAAGGAAGCCGCCGAUAUGGGCAAAGGUUCUUUCAAAUACGCAUGGGUCUUGGACAAACUAAAGGCUGAACGUGAACGUGGUAUUACCAUCGAUAUUGCUCUAUGGAAGUUCGAAACACCAAAGUACUACGUUACUGUCAUUGAUGCUCCCGGACAUCGUGAUUUUAUCAAGAACAUGAUUACUGGUACUUCUCAAGCUGAUUGUGCCAUUCUAAUUAUUGCUGGUGGUACUGGUGAAUUCGAAGCUGGUAUCUCCAAGGAUGGACAAACCCGUGAACACGCUCUCUUGGCCUUCACUCUUGGUGUCAAGCAAUUGAUUGUUGCUGUCAACAAGAUGGACACCACCAAGUGGUCUGAAGAUCGAUUCAAUGAAAUUAUCAAAGAAGUUUCCAACUUUAUUAAGAAGGUCGGAUACAACCCCAAGACUGUUGCUUUCGUGCCCAUCUCUGGAUGGCACGGAGAUAACAUGUUGGAGCCCUCUGAGAACAUGCCAUGGUUCAAGGGUUGGGAAAAGGAAACCAAGGCUGGUGUCGUUACUGGAAAGACUCUCUUACAAGCUAUUGAUGCCAUUGAACCACCAUCGAGACCUACCGACAAGCCUCUUCGUCUACCUCUUCAAGAUGUGUACAAGAUUGGUGGUAUCGGAACGGUUCCAGUCGGUCGUGUUGAAACAGGUGUCAUCAAGCCUGGUAUGGUAGUAACCUUUGCUCCAGUCAACCUCUCCACUGAAGUCAAGUCCGUCGAAAUGCACCACGAAUCUUUGGCCGAAGGUCUCCCAGGAGACAACGUCGGAUUCAACGUAAAGAACGUAUCAGUCAAGGAAAUUCGUCGUGGAUUCGUCGCUUCUGACUCCAAGAACGACCCCGCCAAAGAAUCUGGAUCUUUCUUGGCUCAAGUCAUUGUCAUCAACCACCCUGGUCAAAUCGGAGCUGGAUACUCACCAGUUUUGGAUUGCCACACUGCUCACAUUGCUUGCAAGUUCGCUGAGCUUGUAGAAAAGAUUGAUCGUCGAUCAGGAAAGAAGCUCGAAGACGCACCCAAGUUCAUCAAGUCUGGAGAUGCCGCUAUCGUCAAGAUGAUCCCAUCCAAGCCUCUUUGUGUUGAGUCCUUCUCUGAAUACCCACCAUUGGGUCGUUUUGCUGUCCGUGAUAUGAGACAAACUGUCGCUGUCGGUGUCAUCAAGAGUGUAGAAAAGGUUGACAAGUCUGCAGGCAAGACCACCAAGGCUGCUGCCGGAAAGGCUGGAAAGAAGUAA